AUGUCCGGACGUGGAAAGGGAGGAAAAGGCCUCGGAAAAGGAGGAGCCAAGCGCCAUCGCAAAGUUCUUCGUGAUAACAUCCAAGGUAUCACCAAGCCAGCCAUCCGCCGUCUCGCCAGAAGAGGAGGUGUCAAGCGUAUAUCCGGACUCAUCUACGAGGAAACCCGUGGAGUUCUCAAGGUGUUCCUUGAGAACGUGAUCCGUGAUGCCGUCACCUACUGCGAGCACGCCAAGAGAAAGACUGUCACCGCCAUGGACGUCGUCUACGCCUUGAAGCGCCAAGGAAGAACCCUCUACGGAUUCGGAGGAUAA